AUGCCGGCGAUGCCGCCAUCUUUCACAAUGCCCGCCAAGCUCGCCAUCCUCACGACCUUGCUCUUCACAGCGUCCGUCCCCGCCGUGGCGGCGGAUGACUCCGUCAGCAUAGCCAUCUACUGGGGGCAGAACGUCAGCGAGGGCACGCUGAGCGACACGUGCGGCACCGGGCUCUACACCUACGUCAACCUCGCCUUCCUCUCCACCUUCGGCGCCGGCCGGGCUCCGGUCCUCGACCUCUCCGGCCACUGCGACGCCCCCUCGGGUUCGUGCGCAACCCUCGCCGCCGACAUCGCGUCCUGCCAAUCUGCCGGCGUCAAGGUGCUCCUCAGCAUGGGCGGCGGCGCUCUCGGGUACAACCUGUCCUCGCCCUCCGAAGCGCAGAACGUGGCUGCCUACCUCUGGGACAACUUCCUCGGCGGCACCGGCACCACCGCGCCCCGCCCGCUCGGCGCCGCCGUGCUGGACGGCAUCGACUUCGACAUGGAAGCCCCGUCCAGGUACUACGACAACCUCGCCAGGAACCUGAACUCGCUCUACGCCAGCGCCAACAGCGAGAAGAAGUACCUGCUCACCGCGGCGCCGCAGUGCCCGUUCCCGGAUGCGUCCCUUGGAGGCGCGCUCGGCACGGGGCUGUUCGACCACGUGUGGGUGCAGUUCUACAACAACCCGCCGUGCCAGUUCGCGCCUGGGGAUGCGAGCGCGCUGCGGAGCGCGUGGCAGCAGUGGACGGCGGCCCUGCCGUCGGUGGCCGUGUACCUCGGCCUGCCGGCGUCGCCGGAGGCCGUGGGAAGCGGAUACGUUAACGCGGACACGCUCGUGUCGCAGGUGCUGCCGCUGGUGGAAGAUUCGCCCAACUACGGUGGCGUAAUGCUGUGGAGCCGCUCCUACGACAAGGACGCUGGCUUCAGCGUGAAACUGCAGAGCAACCUGCAAAAUCGGAACAGAGGGGACGGCGCAUCCACGCAUUACAAAAGGAGAAUCUAUACCAUAGUAGGAAUCGUCGCUGGCGUAUUCCUGCUGCUCCUCCUUCUUACCACUUGCUUCCUGUGCCAUAAGAAAUACCGUGCAGGCUUGUCACCUCCUGAAGAGGAACCAACGAGCUCUUCAAAGGCAGAAACACCUCCGCCAAAAUUGGGAGCCUAUCCUCCGAAAAGAUACACUUAUUCAGAAGUCGAAAGAAUGACCAAAACAUUCGCUCACAAGCUCAGCCAAGGCAGCCAUGGCGACGUUUACAGAGGCAACCUGCGUGACGCGCGCCAGAUCACCAUGAAGGUUCUGAACAACUGCAAGGGCAGCAACAAGGAUUUCGUGAGCGAGGUGGCGGGCAUCGGUGGGAUUUCCCAUGCCAACGUUGCUCCUCUGCUGGGGUUCUGCCUGCAGGGGCCGACGAGAGCUCUGAUAUACGAGUACAUGCCCAAUGGCUCGCUCGAAAGCUACGCUCUCAGCAAGAGCGGUGACUCCGUAGACGAUAAUUACUCGCUAUGGUUGUACUGGGAAAAAUUGUUCGACAUUGCUUUGGGCGUCGCGAAAGGGCUCGAGUAUCUCCACGAAGAGAUCAACCCCAACGGUGCGCGUAUCAGCAUCAAGCCCCGGAACAUCCUGCUGGACCAGGAGCUGUGCCCAAAGAUUUCUGAUGUCGGUGUGGCAAAUCUGUGUCUGUCGAAAGAGAGCAACAAGACAUCUGCUCGUGUUGCCAGGGAGAGAGAUGUCUAUGAUGCGCCUGAGGUUGUAUCCAGGAAGUUCGGACCAGUCACUAGCAAGUCUGAUGUAUACAGCUAUGGCGUGAUGGUCCUCAAGAUGGUCAGGGCGAAAAGGCAUGUCAAGGUUGGUGCUGAGACUACCAGCAAGUAUUUCGCCCAGUGGCUCUACGACCACCUGGAUCAGUUCUGUAGCAGUAUCACUGACAUAGGCGGUGACACGAGAGAGCUCGUGAGGAAGAUGAUCAUAGUCGGAUUGUGGUGCACGCAGACGGCAGCCGCAAAUCGGCCAUCAAUGAGUAGAGUUGUCGAGAUGUUGGAGAGUAGCAGCCGGGACCUGGACUUGCCUAGAAGAAUCUCUGCAGAUUCUUAGUAAGAUGCUGACUAUCAGACUAUGGUGAU